AGUAUAUAUGGACUCCUCGAGGCGGAGGUCUCAUCUGACGUACUUCAAGUUCCGAAGAAAAUGGAAGGAGACGAUAGAGCGGCGACGAAAAAGCGAGGCGGGAAAAGGAAGGAGGAAACUAUUUGCUAUCCAACGAGAGAUGAGACCAAUUAUGCGACACGACGAUCGGCGCACAAGUACGAACAUGAGUGUGGAACACAUUGUUGAACUUGGAGUUAUUUCGGAUGGCAGACGGCCGAUUUCGAAGACCGUUAAUGUUAGGCACUCAGCGUGUCUGCGAUAUAAUUAUCACGAGCGCCAAUUAAGUAUUCUCGUUUGCGGUCGAUUGCUCAUUCGUUAUUAAUCGCGCACGUUUAAUGCAAUUUUCACCGACAGUUUUCGUUAGGCAUGAUCCUGAAGACCAUUAUACCAUUACGAGGGUAAUUAAUUCCUUAUUAAUAGUCUUUCAAAAAAAAA